GGCCCGUGACACGCUUUCCGCUUGGCUUGGCCUUGCCCUGUUUCAGGCCACCGAUGGCCUCAUUUGUUGUUGUUGUUGGUGUUGCCGUUUUCAGGGCAUGAAGAUUGCGAGGGCUUGGAUCGGAGGAGAUGGCGAUACGACGUCUUUGUUAAUGUUAUUAAGGCUUGAUAGGGUGAGGAUUCGUGAAGCAGAUCUGUAGGGAGAGAGAGCGAGAGAGAGAGAGAGGGGUGUGUGGUUUUGGUGAAGAAGGAGAGAUGAUCGAGGCGAGAGUGUUGCGUGAUUUAGUGUUUUUUUGGAGAUGUAGCAUGUUGGUGUGAUUGAAGGAGGUUUGGAGAUGAAACCAUGGCGUGGGCGAGAUGGCAAGAUGAGUUGUGGCUGUAGUGCGCUGUGGUGCUGUGCACAUAGCAGCGUAGAUCGGGGUUGAGCGGGAGCGUCGGUGAGGGAGUUGGUGGGAUAGGGUUAGCAGUUGAGUGAGCAUUGGUGGUUAUGAAUUUCUGCGAGGUUGGCAAGUGAUGCCGGCCAUGGCUUCUGUAGAAACUAUGGCAAGGUCGCAGCAGGAGUUGCUUGAAGCUGGCCGGGCGAAGUUGGCGAGGUUCAAGGAGAGGAGCAAUAAGAAUAAGAAUAGAAACAAGAACACUUCCCCGAAGCAGAGGGGUGCUACUACGGACGCGAAGAUCAAUGUGAAUGGAAACCCUAAAGCUGAUUCGUCGAGUGAAGUGUUUGCUAGUUCUCAUCCUGAUGUGAUAACAGACGUAAAGUUUGGGAGAGAAGAUGCACACAGUAAUGGUAUUGUGGUAGAUCAGCCUUGUAAAAUUGAAAUAGAGCCAGUUGUGAAGAUAAACGAGCAAGUAGUUGCGGAUCAGAGAGGACAGUUUGUGCUGUCGGAUAUCUCCAAAAGGUUCGAGAAUGACGAUGAGGGCGUCCGGAAGCAGCUAGAGGCAGAAGAGCUCAGGAGGAAGGGGCGUGAGGCCGAAGAGGCAUCGAGGAAGGAGCGGGAAGAUGUAGAGCAGGAAAAACAGCUAGUGAUUGUGGAGCGUAUUACGAGGAUUGAGCAUGAAGCAGAAGAAAGGAAGCAGAAGCAGCGGGAGGCUGAAGAAGCUAAACGAAAGGAACGUGAGGAUGCUGAAGACGCGAGAAGACAGGCGCUCAUUGCUGAAUUCGCUCUUCGAAAGGAGCGCGAAGCUGAAGAAGCUAAGCGGAAGGAGCGUGAAGCAGAAGAAAUGAAACGGAGGCAGCUUUUCAUUGCCGAAGUUUCGAGGAGAAAGCAGCGUGAAGCAGAAGAGAACAAGAGAAAGGAACGUGAGGCUGAAGAGAAUAUGAGGAAGGAGUACGAAGCCAAUGAGGUGAGGAGGAAGCAGCGCGAGGAAGAAGAGGCUAGAAAGAAGGAGCGUGAGGAUUUCUCAGGCCUUGAGCAGCACAUCCAGGACCUAACCGAAGAAAAAUUUGCGCUUCAUCGGGAGCUCGCUAAAGCAAGGGCGAUGACAGAAGAGUUUGUUUCAGAGCAUUCUGCAUUAGUGGAAAAUUUUAAUCAUCAGGGUCAGCUGGUGAAUCAAUUGUCAGAAGACAUAGAACAACUUCAAGAGAGGAUGAAGGAACGGGAAGCAUUUAUAAUGGCUCUGGUAUCUGAAAGGGAUAGGGCUCGACAAGAUUCUGAAGCAGCUCGAGAGCAGUCCCAAACCAUGGCCGGUGAAGUCAUUGUUUUGGAAAAUCGUAUACGCACAUUGCGGUCUCAUGAGCUGAAAAUGGAGAAAGACGUGUCCAAUUUUAGUUCUGAGAUGGAAUCUCUAAGAAAGCAAGCUGCUAAUUGGGAACAGGAUCGUGCCCACUUGCAGACUCUGAUUGAUGCUUUACAAGAAGAAAAGAAAGUUCUUCAAGUUCGUCUUCGGAAGGUAGCGUCUGGUGAAAGAGAGUUUACUUAUCGGAGUGAAAACUCAGAAGCGGUACAAUUGAGACAACGAGUUUUGGCUGAUGCUUCUACCUCCACUGAUGAUUUACCUCCUUCUCCACUGAAAAUUCACAGUGAUGGUCCUUCGACUCCUUUGGAUUCUCCAUCUCUCGACUCCCAGCACCCUAGUCGACGAUUUGAGGAGCCUCUCUUUCGCCCAAUCACCGCUCAUUCAUCGCAGCAUAGGUUGACCACUGAGUUCUCAGUGCCUCCUGUUGUGGGACCCGCUUUGUCAAGUUUUAUGUAUCCUCCUUCACCUUUGGAGGCUGGAUCUUCAUCAUUGCCGGCAUUAACGGGUGACCCUCAAAGUGGUCGGUAUCAAAGUAUUGAGCUGCCAGCAUCGUGUAUAUCCAUACCAGCAGAUCUAAUGAGAACCAUCAAUAACAUCAAUGAUAUCAUUGCCUCACUGGGUGAAGAGAGAAUUGCCAUCGUAAAAGCACUGAAGGCGGAGUCCAAAGGUGCUGCAGAAUUGAGAGUCUUAAAUGCUGAUCUGUCUAGGAAGCUGGAAGCUACCACACAACAGUUGGAACUUGUUGUGGCUCAAAGAAUGGCUGAUGGGAGUUCCACUGGUGUGCCGACUGCUUCUAGAAACGCAGGAGCAGCUGCUUUGGAUUAUGUCGAUGAAGGGGAUGAAGUUGUUGAACGUGUGUUUACUUGGAUCAUGCAGCUGUUCCCUAACAGAACUUCAAGGCGAAAUGGGGUGAAAAGGCUGUAGUCCUUGACAGUACCUGUUUGACGCUGUGAUGAUUGGUUUCUCUUGUUGACGAGGACCAGAGGGUACGGCCUUGAGACAUAAAUUUGUGGCGAUGGAUUCUGAACGGUGGUUACUACAGAUCUGCAUUUAUGUUUCACAGAAAAUUUGCACACUGAUUGGAGGGCUUCUUCAGCAAUUCAUUCUUCUCAUGUGCGCAUCAUAGAUGAGAAGGCAAAGGUUUAGGGUUGAACAUGUAAUAUAAAGGCCACUGGGAGCUGGCUUCAAUAUAUUAUUUUAGAUAUUCUCAAAAGAAUAAUUGACAUUCUUUUUUCCUCGCUCUACAUCGUGGUUCUCUUUCAAUUAUUUAAAAUUGAUCAGCUUUAUGGCUGAAGCCUGUCUCCAUGACCUC